AUGGCCUCUGAGACUGGAGAAAUCACCAUCGUUUGCAACCACUGUGACAGAGACAUUCCAGCACCAAAUAUCGAUCUGCAUCGUGUACAUUGCGCCCGGAAUCUAGAAAAAUGCAUGAUUUGUGGUGAUAUGGUUCCCAAAAAGCAUGCUGAGGAACACUUUUUGAACACGCAUGCUCCGGUACCAUGCUCGAUGUGCAAAGAAACCAUAGACCGUGAGGUUUUUAAUAGUCACACAGAAGAAAUCUGCCCCAAGAGGAUGGUAACGUGUGAGUUCUGUGAUUUUCCACUGCCUGCAGUUGAUCUUGCCGAGCAUCAGGAAGUAUGUGGCAACCGCACGGAACUCUGUUAUCAAUGCAACAGCUAUGUUAGAUUGCGAGAAACAUAUGCCCAUCAAACCAAAUGCCCUGGUUCUGUGCUCAACAAUGUUGAAUCAUCCAGAAGGAUCCCAAGAGCAGCAGAAGGAGAUGGAAACGGCAGGAGGAGAAGAGGUGGCAACGGUGUAUCUAACAAAAGACUGUUCUUCACGAUAGCAAUAACUGGAAUAGCUGUCUUAAUAGGAUCGCUGUUCUUCCAGAGGAAAUCUGAGGGGAGCUAAGCAGAGAGAGAGAGACAUAGCUCGUGUGUAGUUCUGUAAAUUUGCUCAAACUCUCUUCAGACAGAUUCGAGAGAAGAGUUUUUAUACAUUUUAAUGCUUACUGAGACAGAGAUGUUCUUCCCAAAAGAUUGUUUAAGCUGAUCUCCAUGAGACUUUCUUUUGCAUUUGGUUUCAAUAAAAGAGUUUUGAG